GACGUCACUUCCCUUUUUUAAUGCUUCGUUUGGCUGGACUGAAGGGAGAGGGUGAGCAGGAAUUGUUGCGCCACGUAUGCAGCAUUAGGAUUCACAGAAUGAGAAAGAAUCAUAGUUUAGUACAGUAUUACUAAAUAUAGGUGUACAAAUGAUCAGCACAUUUAGAUUACCCCACUAACGACAUUGCAUUGGGUGUAAGUCUUCGAUAGUUAAAACAAAAAUAAUUGCCAAGGUGGUUGUGGUUGUAAGGGAAGUUACGGUUCACUCAAAAUCAAACCAGGUAGUCAACAAGUUUGCAAAACAGUGUCUUUUGCGAUUGUGGGUCUCCAUAGAUAAUGAACUCCACACUUGCACUGCUGAAGACUUGCCUGAAGAAAUGUUUUUUCCCCCUUUUUUGCAUUUUAUCCAUGUUUGUCGCCUAGUGCUUGAGACUGAGUUCGCUCUUGUGUCCAGAAAGUGAAAUAAUGUGCCUGUCUUCAACUCCAUCACUUAAACCUGGCAACAAGUGGCACGCACACAGUGGUUGGUGUAUAUUGUAGAGAGAGCAGCUUCUACUGAGAUUUUUUUUCAUCAAACUGGCAAUGAAACAUUCACCGAGGGGAUUCUUCUUGUACAAGAUCUGAUUUUUAAUUUUUUUUGGUGGAAUUUGAAAAAAGCCUUGUCUGUACAGUUUAAAGCUUGGAAAUGUACAGUUAAAGCUUUUUACAGGACACUUUUCGAAAUCUGGCUGUGAGUACAUUCGUAUAUCAGAGAUAUUGGGACUGUCUUUAGGACCACGUUGGUGAUUUUUGGUGUGUAAUGCUGAUGUUUGAGUGACAUUCACAGCUAGUGCUAUCGGAGAAGAUGAGUCAAACAGAUAAAGAUCAAAAAGAAGUCCCUUCAUAUCUUGGCGAGGAACCAUCUGAAGAUUCUAAUAAAGGUCACCCACAACCUCAGCCAGGAAUGUUUUCCCGUGUGACGGGGGGGAUCUUCAGUGUGACAAAGGGAGCCGUUGGGGCCACAAUAGGAGGUGUUGCUUGGAUUGGGGGCAAGAGCUUUGAGGUGACCAAGACAGCCGUGACAUCAGUGACAUCAGUGCCGGCCAUGGGAGUCGGGCUUGUGAAAGGGGGCGUCUCUGCAGUUGCUGGUGGGGUGUCAGCAGUGGGCUCUGCUGUGGCUAGUAAAGUACAUUUAACUAGCAAGAAGAAAGACAAGUCUGACUAAAGGAGGAACAGCAUGAAACUGAUGCAACAACAUUUUUCAGGGCCUUUGGGGAGGCCAGAUUUUUUUUUUUUCCCCCAACAGAACAGGUGUGGCAAAAACUGUCAAAAGAAAUUGGAGUGGUGGGGAGAGGGGAGGCAGGGGGGGAGCCAUAUGUUCCAGGACACUUUAAACAUACAGAAUGGCUGUGCUAAGAUAAACCAGCCAUUUGGCUCACAGGAGGCAGAGUGACUAAUUUCCAGUUAGUGCUUUUCUGUUAAGGGCAGACUCAAAACAUGUGUGUGUUUAUGAUAAAAUGAUACUGUUGCAGUUGUUGGGUCGUUUAAAGAAACAGUAAAACAUUUGUAGGGUCAUCUGUGUAUUUGCUUAACACGUGCCAGACUUUUUGCUGUCCAGAAAAAAAUGAAAAAGAAAGAAAAAAGAUAGCAUAGUGUUAAUGUAAAUGUACAUACGUUCAUAUAUCUAUGCAAAGCAUUUCAUAGUUUUCAUGCAACUAGAAGCAUUUGCGUAACUCUGCUUGAAAAUCAUCAUGCUCAUUCAUAGUCAGCGUGUGUUUUGAAGGAACGGUGUGCUAUAAAAAUCUGUAACUGCCUUUUGUUCCCGCACCAUGAAGCUGAAAACUAAAUUUCAGAUCAAUUCAAUAAGUUAUUGGGAAGUCAUAAGCCACAGGCUUUCAUUGCAACAUAUUUAGUGUAAUAAAUCAAAAUGGCCUGGUAGUCAGAGCUAAAGGACUGGGAGUUUGUUUUUAUUCACGGCCUUACUCUGUGAUCUUAAGUCACAUCAUAACUUUUAAAUAAGUACAAUAUUAAUGACAUUGAAGAAAUGCCACCCUCCCCACUUUGAAGAUACAGCACAAAUGUGUUAGUUCUAACCAUAUAAAGAAAAAUGUCAAAUGUACCCACUUCAGUGACAAGUUCAGUAGCUGUCAAACUUUAGGCAAUAUCAAUGUAAGUGUUUUGUUGCUUGUAUUGGUAUUCUGUUCCAUAGGGUCUAGUAUGUAUAUGUGUGUGUGUGUGUGUAUGUAUGUAUGUAUGUAUUUGGGUUUGCUCUUAUACUUUAUUUUAUUUUUCCUUAUGUUUUGAAUUUCAGUAUGAAUUAAUUGCAUGCAUUCCUUUUUCUAAAGCCUUUUUUUCCCCAGUAUGUUUUAUGGCAUUGGUAUACGUUUUGAGAUGCUGAAGAAGUGCAAGACAUUGGCUAAUGUAGUAUGAUAGGGAACCACAUAUGUUAAUCUUCAAGUACCUCCUGUUUCUCUGACCAAGAACCUUGAAAUGCAAGAUUUAGUCGACAUUAAUUGGGGCAAAUAGUGACAUUUUAUGAUUGAGCAAUAAAGCAUUUUGUCAGUUAACAUGCCAGUUAUAAAGACAAAAUCAAUGUGAAUAAUGGCCAUUUUUUAUUUGUGUCUGUGUAUACGAUGCAAUCCCUUUUAUAUGUCUCUUAGUGUUUUAAUGGAAAAAUUGGUUGUUUUUCUGGAAGGAGAAUCUGGCCCUAAUCAACACGUCAUCUCUAAGCACCAUAAAAACUCUGUGUGGCUUUCAUUCAUGUUGCUUUUUUUGUUUGGCCUCUCAGUCACACACGGGGGAGGGGGGGCAAAUGGGGAGACGGACAUCUUUAGAGCCUGGAGGAAGGACUACCCUCAGCCAUGGAUUCCCUAAGGUUUCCUCCUACCAGUGAGUAGGGUUUUUUUCCUUACCCGAGUGCUAAGCAGUUUGUAUUUAGUUUCUGCAGGGUGCGUGGCAGGCUGGAGAUGCUGGGCUCUGUGCAUUCAUGCUCUUGGGGGCAGGCCGUGUUUCAGCUGCUUGGUUUUCAUUCAUCAUUUUCCUAUCUUUUGGUGGAGGUAGGUGGCAUUGCACCACUGGGCCAGUUGUAUGAACCGUUUAUCAUAUUAAUUUUAUCCAGUCAUGGUUUUGUGGCUUUGUCUUUUGAGGGGAGGUGGCCUUACGAGCCACUUCCUAUCUGCGGCACUAGACUAUGCGAUAUCGUUCGUGUAUUCACUAGUCGGCCAGCAUUGCAGGUAGCUGUUGAGCACCCAGGGAAAAAGGUCUCUAGCCAAAUUCAUCAUCCAUUAUUAAUUUGUCAGUCAAUUGCAAUUUAAAUCAUCCACAUUCUGAAUUCUCUGUCCUGAAAACCAUAAUGUUAAACUUGAGAGAUCUCAUGAAUCCUACUGUUUGAAAUAAGAUUCAAGUAUGGUAUAGAAAGGAAUGUGAAAUCUUUGCACAAAUUCUUGUAUUUCUUCCUUUGAAACUACUAUUUUUGUUACAACCGAACAUAUUAAGACGAAACGGGCAGAGACCAAAUUGUUUCACUUCUUUGCAAACUACUCCAUGAUUUUUGAAUCUGGCAAUGGUCUAUUUGAAUUGGAACUGAAGAUCUUAUGUACCAGAAAUAGUUUAAUAAACUGUGAAUGUUGGAACCAA